AAAUUAAAAAAAAAGUUCUCCUUUUCCAUUUUACCUCAUCAAUUUGUUAUUAAAUUUUUAUUUAUUUAAAUUAUAAAUAAAUAUAAUUAUAAUCAUGAGUUCUUCAAAAUCAAAGAAAAAAUCCAAAUCAACAAAAAUUCCCGAACCAAUUAAAAUCAAAAAAGAAGAUGACCAUCUCAUCUGUCCCAUGGAACAUUAUGUCGAUGAUAGAGUUGAAUUAAUUCGGCAAAUAUUCUCAUCGUUGAAACCAAAAACAAUUACAAAUCUUGCUCCAGAAUUUUUAAAAAAAAGCAAAUUGGAAGAUAUCCAAGAACAAUGUCUAAAUGAAAUUCUUGGCAUUUCAAAGAAACGUCUCCUUUCAAUUAUAAAUUCAACUAAAUGUCCAACAGACUCGGAGACUUCGAGUGAAGAUGAUGUCAAUGCUGUCACUGAACACAUUUCUCUGGAAGAGAUUUCUUCCGACAGCGAUGUCGCCGAUUCUAAAGUUCCCAAAACUGCAGGCAAAAAGAAGAAGCAGGUGAAAAAUGAAACCGAUAAUAAUAAACAAUUCAGCGUGUUGGAACUUUUGGAAUUACAAGCCAGAGCUCGUGCUAUUCGCUCUCAACUAGCACUAGAGCCUGUAACCAAAAUAGAAGUCAAUACGGAUUCUGAAGAAGAUGGUCCACCCAAACAAAAACCACCACCUCAAGCUCAACCAGUUGCACGUAAAAAGUCCAGUAAGACAACAAAUGGUGCAUCAGCACCUAAAAAACCAACAACUUCAACACUUACAGUUAUAAUACCCAAUGGUGACCCUGUUCCCUCAAAACGUAUCAAACUAAAACGAAACUUCCGAAAGCAAACUUGUGAGGAAGAUGAAAACAAACCAGAUGAAAGCGGUAACAAAUCACCCGAGAAAAUUGUACCCAAGAAAGAAGCUCGUUCCCCGUCUCCAGAUGUGAUCCCGAUUGUUUCUGUUCCAGAAACACUUUGUAUCAGUGAUUCGGAUGAGGAAAAGAAAACUAAUAACAAAGUUGCUAAAAAUGAUGUUGAAGUUUCUGAGGCUCCCGCUAAGAGUUCUCAACAAUUGGAAAUCUUAAGCGUUGUAAAUAUCGAACCCACUCCAAAGAAACCGGAGAGUACAUCAGAAGCUGCAGAUGAAUCUUCCAAACAAAAUGUCUCACCACGUCAAAUCGAUCCACCAGAAAGUGAAGAAGAAGGUGAAAUUGUAGAAGAUGAAGAAGAAUCAAACAAGAAGAAUACCGCAGCCACAGAUGAUCUGCCAAAAGUUGACAAAAAUGACGAUGAUUCUAAUGAACAAGUUGAACAAAAAGAAACUAAACCUGUGGCAGCUGCAGAGAAGAUGGAGACUGAAAAUACAGAGGAGAAAUCAGUUCCCCAAACAAGUUCACAAAAGCCACAAAAAGUGGAAAUUUCAGAGAGUGAAGAUGAUGACAAUGACGAUGUAAUUUCUUUGGAAGGAGGAGAUCUUGUCGAUGAAAUGAAAGAGCACAUGGAAGACGAUGUGUUAGAAAUAACACAACAAGAAGAUAUCAUAUGUUUAGAUGAUUCAAGUGAAGAAGAGGAAGCUAAAUCAAAAAAGAAAACUGAAUCUUGGAACGACCGCUGGCUAAACAGCAGAAGGGUCAGCAAAGUGUUGGCAGCAUCACGACUUGGCAACAAAGUGAGAAAUAAAAUCAAAGAAAACAAAAAAGUGAAGAAAAUGGAAGAAGCGGCAGCAGCAGCAGCAGCUUUGGAAAAAGAACAAGAAAAACCCCAACAAGUGGUUUUUAUCUCUAAACAUGAAAUGGGUUCUGUGGAGCAAUAUAAAGAGAUAUUAGAAAACUUACCGAAAAAAUCUACAGACUGAACAUUUAUCCAUACUAAAUUGUAAUCAAUUGUUUAAUAGCGGAAUUACAGGGUCGAAUUAAGACCCAAAUUGCAUUGCAGUCAAAUAAAAUUAAUUUUAUUAUUUUUAAGGUGCA